UAGGGAGGGCAUCUGGAUCCCGAGACCGGCGCAGAUGAUCAGCUUGCAGGAGGGGAUGGGGUCAAAGGUGGAAGGCUUCAAGCUGGCAGGAGAGAAGGGGGCCAGGACUGGGUUUGGGAAGGAGAAGGACAUUGUCUGCCAGGACCGAGAGCAGGAUGGGCAUCCCAGGCCUGGGGCAGGUGGUUGCAGCUGCAGGGGGGCUGCUGAUAGCGGGCAGGUUGAUUUCUGAAUUCCCGGUGGGGCUGGGAGUCAGGUAGGGACACAGGGUGUAUGUCCUGGGGUCGGGGGACAGCAGGGCCUGGAUUCCCCUGGCCUUGACGGGCGGGGCCCCACCAGCACCUGUUUUGCAGGAUCUCUGCAGAACUUUCUGCUCCUGAUGACAGGAAAUAGCAAUUCCAAUUUAGCCUGGGCUUUCCCUGAGCCGGUUACACUGAGAUGCGAGGCUCUUGCUUCAGUGAUAAAGGGGACAAUACAAAAUAGCAUUCUUUCAAAAACAGGACCCAGAAAACAUCACAGGGAGUGGGACCAUCGGAUAGGGUCUGGGAGACUUUCUUUCUGAUUGGGACCAGGGAGCGCUGGUCCUCGUGGGGAUUUUCAGGGCUCUUUGGGGGUGUCCAGGAAACGAGGGCUGGUUUCUUUCUGCUCUUCCAGGCUCCUGGCCAGAAGCUGGAGGGGGCUUGGCCAAAAAGAGGGAGAAACAACUCAGCUGUUCUUUUUAGCUCUGAAAUAGAAAAUGUCUGCAGACGGCAGAGGCAUCCAGGCCACCCAGGACAAGGAGACACCCCCGGAGGUUCCAGAUCGUGGACAUCCUCAUCAGGACAUGGCUUCUAAGCUGGGGGAGGCGGCACCUUCAGGGGACGCUCAGGACUCAUUGCACAUUAAGAUGGAGCCAGAAGAGCCACACCCCGAGGGGGCAAUGCAGGAGGACGGAGCUCAAGGUGCAUGGGGCUGGGCACCCCUAAGUCACGGCUCUAAGGAGAAAGCUCUCUUCCUGCCUGGCGGAGCCCUCCCCUCCCCCCGGAUCCCGGUGCUUUCCCGAGAGGGGAGGACCAGAGACCGGCAGAUGGCCGCAGCGCUCCUCACUGCCUGGUCCCAGAUGCCAGUGACUUUCGAGGAUGUGGCCUUGUACCUCUCCCGGGAGGAGUGGGGACGGCUAGACCACACGCAGCAGAACUUCUACAGGGAUGUCCUGCAGAAGGAAAACGGGCUGUCACUGGGCUUUCCCUUCAGCAGGCCUUUCUGGGCGCCUCAAGCGCAUGGCAAGGGUGAGGCCUCGGGCUCCAGCCGGCAGACAGGAGAUGAGGAGUGGAGAGGCGCGUGCACAGGAGCCGUCGAGAUGGGGCAGAGGGUGCCGACCUCAUCUGCGGCAGCCCUUGGGGAUGUGAAGCCCUUCAGAACUAGGGUGGGGAGAGUCCAGGGGGGCGUCCCGCAGUGCGCGCAGGAAGCAGCCCGCGGCCGGAGCUCAGGGCCGGCCAAAGACUCUGGGCAGCCGGCUGAUCCAGAUCGCACCCCGGAUGCAGCUCCGCCAGACCCCAGUCCCACGGAGCCCCAGGAGUGCCGCGUCCCGGAGAAGCCCAGCGAGGAGGAGAAGGGCGCCCCGGAGAGUGGCGAGGAGGGCCUGGCCCCUGACAGCGAGGUGGGCAGGAAGAGCUACCGGUGCGAGCAGUGCGGCAAGGGCUUCAGCUGGCACUCGCACCUGGUGACGCACCGGCGCACGCACACGGGCGAGAAGCCCUACGCCUGCACUGACUGCGGGAAGCGCUUCGGCCGCAGCUCGCACCUCAUCCAGCACCAGAUCAUCCACACGGGCGAGAAGCCCUACACCUGCCCCGCCUGCCGGAAGAGCUUCAGCCACCACUCCACGCUGAUCCAGCACCAGCGCAUCCACACCGGAGAGAAGCCCUACGUGUGCGACCGCUGCGCCAAGCGCUUCACCCGCCGCUCGGACUUGGUCACCCACCAGGGCACCCACACGGGAGCCAAGCCGCACAAGUGCCCCAUCUGCGGCAAGUGCUUCACGCAGAGCUCGGCGCUGGUCACCCACCAGCGCACCCACACUGGGGUCAAGCCCUACCCGUGCCCCGAGUGCGGCAAGUGCUUCAGCCAGCGUUCCAACCUCAUCGCGCACAACCGCACGCACACGGGCGAGAAGCCCUACCACUGCCUCGACUGCGGCAAGAGCUUCAGCCACAGCUCGCACCUCACCGCGCACCAGCGCACCCACCGUGGCGUGCGGCCCUACGCCUGCCCACUGUGUGGCAAGAGCUUCAGCCGGCGCUCCAACCUGCACCGGCACGAGAAGAUCCACACCACCGGGCCCAAGGCCCUGGCCAUGCUGAUGCUGGGGGCGGCGGCGGGGGCUCUGGCCGCACCCCCACCCGCUCCCACCUAGGAGGCCAGGAGAGGGGGAGCGGGGCGCCCAGGGCCACUGGGACAGCCCCACUGGAGUCAAGGCUCUGAGAGAGGAGAGAGGGGCGCGGGAAGGGAGCUGGGGCGGUGAGGGCAUGGGGUGAGGCAUGGCGACUGGGGAGGGCGAGGGCGAGAAAGGGCAGGCACUCUGCGAAUUAAAGGCCUUGGACUUGAA